AUGCCAGGUCAAGGGAGCCUCUGCUUAUUGGCAGGUAGACGGUGGAAGACUAGGAGUGACGAGAUGGUCCUCAGAAAGACGGGAGGGAAGUCGGGGCGGCGUGAGCGAAGGGUGGAGGUUCGGUUCAAAAUUGUCGAUGAUGGCGAUUUGUGUUGCAAGGUUAAUGGGGCUCGCUUGCUUGAAGAGGAUGCCCGGUUGAGCAAGAGAAGAUGCCCGGGGUUUAUUGUUGGUAGCGGGAAACCGACAGCGGCACUGGUAGCUGCACUGACUGUGCAGGGCCUUCACUAG